AUGGAGAAUUGUUCCACUGGAGCAGAUGGGGUUGCAUUCUAUGACUUGAAUCCUGGAAUGAUUGUUGCCUGCAUUGCUCUUGGGUGUAUCAAUCUGGUCGUACUACUCGGCAACAGUUUAGUAAUUACGGCUGUAAUCCGAAACCGGAAGUUGCGCACCAUUACAAAUAUUUAUAUAGUGUCUUUGGCAUGCGCAGAUUUGCUUCUCGCUAUUUUUGUACUUCCUUUUUCUGCUGCUUUAGAAGUAUUGCACUUUUGGCCUUUCGGACAGCCAUUUUGUACGAUGUGGCUGGCAAUUGACGUACUUCUUUGUACAGCAUCCAUAUUAAACCUUUGUGCCAUAAGCUUAGAUAGAUUUCUAGCGGUCACCAAACCUAUUCGAUACCCAAGCCUUGUUUCAAAAAAGAGAGGGAAAAUCUUAGUGAUGUGUGUUUGGGUGUUGUCAUUUGUGAUCUCAUUCCCGCCACUGAUUGGUUGGAAUGACGAGAAUAACGGAAUUCAGAAACAUGAUAGCUGGUUGAUCACGGAAAUAGAACAGGAUAAUUAUACUAACUGGAGUAAUCGAUCAACCACAGACAAUUUAUACAACGAAAAGGAUAUGAAUGACACGGUGUGCGUGAAACUAUAUCCCGAGUGUGAACUAACUCCGACGAAAGGUUAUAGAAUAUAUGCUGCCCUCGGAUCAUUCUAUAUUCCAAUGUUUAUCAUGUCGUUUUUCUACUGUCGAAUCUACAGAGCUGCUACACGCACGGCCGCGUCGCUCAGAACAGGAAUAUUGAUGACUAAACGUACAGAUGAACCUGCUAACAAGUGUCAGAAAGUCGAUACCAUCGCCCUCCGUGUGCAUCGUGGAGGUGGGUCUAUCUACCGGUCACCAUCCAACAUAUCGAGUAGAAGGGCAUCUUAUCUCAUAUGUAAUAAGGACGAAAAAAUGGCAAAUUGCAACAGCGAUAUUGAACUUCUACCGAUACGUAAUCGCCCCAUCGCCUGCAAUAAUAACAAUAGAUCUAUUGCUCAUAAUUUCUCCGAUCCUGAUUUAAGGAAUGGAACUUACCGCCAGAAACACAGGUGCACACCAGAUCCUGCGAGUGAUAGUGUUGCCGUGUACCUUGGAACCUCAACCUCAACACGAUCGCAUUAUCCAGAAAGUCCCUAUCAAAACAGAAAAGUAGUGGUUAGCAACAGGAACAUUGGUCAGACAAAUAGACGCCAUCGUUCAGUGCUUUUCAUCAACGACGGACAAUCAAAUCAAAAAAUUAACAUACGGAAAUUUCUGAGGGACACGAAAGCCGCAAAAACCGUUGCUAUUAUAGUCGGGGCUUUCCUUCUUUGUUGGUUUCCUUUUUUUACCAUUUAUUUAAUUGAAGCAUUUUGUGCCGAUUGUGUACCUGGACUAGCCUUUUCAAUAUUUUUCUGGCUUGGAUAUUGUAAUUCAAUGAUAAAUCCUUUCAUAUAUGCGUUAUUUUCUAGAGAUUUUAGAUUUGCAUUUCGAAGAAUUCUUCAUUGUAGAAGAUUUUCGCGAACCUUUCUUUUUCGAAGGUCUGAACAUUCCCCGUGCAACAAGAGAAUGUUUGGAUCGCCAGUUCUAGAAAGUGAAAGUUAUUCAGACUUUUAA